AGUAAAACAAAUCCCCAUUCAAGUGAAAUUAACAAAACCACAGGGUGAUAAACAAACAAUUAUAAGAAAAUGGAGGACAUCAAACGAGAAAGAAUCUCCCAUUUUAGUCUAGUAAACUCAGGUCAAAUGUCUCAAAAUUCUCAUUCGAUAUGCAAGGCUUGUGACAUUUUUUUGGUCUGAAAAUUUGAGUAUUUAGCAAUACCCUAGAAAUAAAAAUUAGUGUAGGACCCUUUUCAGACCUUUUUAUUUUCUAUGUCGGUGUGCCGCCGUGGAACAGAAAUGGCCACUCACAUUCCGAGGCAAAAGGAACCACACACACUUCAGCAGGCCCACAAGGAAAAAAUUUGUGGAAUUUGCGGUGAUAUAGGCUUUGAAGAAGCAAUUGUUACCUGCUAUAAGUGUAAAAAUGUUGACAUGCAUCAAUAUUGCAUACUGGGUUAUCGUGAAGAUGCUCAAGAGGAUUGGUGCUGUGAAGAAUGCGAUAAGGGCAAGGGAGUAAUGUCUUCAUCACGUGGACUAGAAAAUGAGUAUUCUGGAUCCAAGUUACAUGCCUCUGCAAAGGUCUUUCAGAAUUGUGUGCCACCAAAGAAACGUGACAGGUUUCCUGGUGGCCAUUCUAUUAACUGGGAAAAGGAAGUACAGACCGGAAAAACAAGAUAUCUACCUGUUGAAGAAGCUCUUGGUCUAUCAUCAGGCACCAAGUGGAUGAAAACCACUAGCUCCUCAAGAGUUGUGCCCACCAAAUCCAUGGAAACCAUGACUAGGGGAAAUUUUAGCAAGCCGUCUUUUCCUGAGAAGUGUCCAGUGCAGCGGUCUUCAGGAUUAGCAGGAUAUACAAAGCCUCAGAAUCUUCAAAAGGCCAAAAUCACUGAACAGAGCAAAAAAGCAGCACAAAUAUCUAAAUGUCCUGGUGGUUCUAGCAUUCUGGAGCGUAGGAGUCCCAAUGCUGUGAAUGAGAGUCGAAUGAUACCUACGACUCACCCGUGUGAUCCUGCUAAGUAUCCUUCCUGGAAGGGAAGUUUUGACAUCUUAGGUGCUCUGGAUUUUGCACCUGGGAUGUUCAAUAACUUUAUCCAUGCUCAUCCUCCUUCCAGAGUUAGACGUAAGGUGUAUGAGUUCUCAAGGGUAUUGCCAGAUACUCUUAAAUUUGAACUCGUUCCACGUGGGGAUAACUGGGCAAGUCUAUUCAACGAUAAUUGUCCAGGCAAAGAAGAUAUAGGACUGUAUUUCUUUGCAAGCGAGAGAGAAAGGUCUGAGAUAUAUAUUGCACUAGUGGAGUUCAUGCGUAUCAAAGAUUUGGUGAUGCGAGCGCUCAUAAAUGAUGUUGAGCUGCUUGUACUUGCAUCCACAGCCCUGUGCAGUGAUUCUCAAAGAUUGAACAGCAAGCACUUCCUGUGGGGAUUAUUUCAUCGUGUGGGACAAGAUACUGUCAGAUGUGCCCAAGGGGGCAGCAACGAAGUGACUGAUAUGGUGAUAAACAUGAUAGGGGGGGAAGAUGUCUGUACAGCAAGUGAGAUUGACAUGGAGUGUUAUCAGAAUGAGGUUGGCAUGGUGGGUAAUCAGGAUGAGGUUGAAAUGGAGGUAGACAUGAUAGCUGGAGAAAAGGUAGGUACACUGGACAUUGUUGUCAAUGAGGUUGACAUGGGGGGUUAUCAGAAUGAGGUUGUCAUGGAGGGUAAUCAGGAUGAGGUCGAAAUGGAGGUAGACAUGAUGGCUGGAGAAAACGUAGGUAAGCUGGACAUUGUUGUCUCGUCAACUACCAGAAAUGGCUUCGAUAGCUCUCUAAAAGAAACUGUCACUGCUGCUACCUCCAAUGGGUCUGAAUCAGUUGGUCCUUUCAUUUCAAGAGCCUCCGAAAGUUGGAAGGAACUGCCUCGAGUAGUCAAAAGUGAGGCUGCUGAUGACUUCUUCCCUCCAGGUUUUGUUCCGCGUCAACUCCUACUAAAUUACCAUGCCACCUGAGUUAAUCAUGGUUGCUGUCAGCUUCUAUGGAAAUUUCAAUCAAUAGCAUUAGGUAUUGGAGCAACUUUCAUGAAAGGAACAAUUGCUAGUAGCUUAGCUUAAUGUUUGUUUCUGACAAUUAGAUGGAAACUUGUUGUUUGUAUAUAUGUUGUUACCAACUUUUAGCUGCCGAAACAGUACUUCUCAACUCCUUUUGAAGAUGAGAUAAUCAAGUAGGUCAAGUUUGUGAAAUUGUUGGUUGGCUAACGUGUGAUAGUGCAACUGCCUCCUAUUUUCAUGGCAUAUUCAAUGGUAUGAGCUUGGCCAAGUA